AUGGAGGCAGAGUUGGUGGAGGUGUUUCAAUUGGCGAGCAAAGCUGCAGACAUGGCGGCUGUGAAUGGGAACGGUGGAGGGGACGAUGACGAAGGGCGAUGCAUCGAUGCCUUGCAGCGCCUCAAGUCUUUCCCUGUCACGACUCAAGUCCUUGUCUCCACUCAGGUUGGGAAAGGUCUUAGACGCCUUACAAAACAUCCUAGGAAGAAGAUACAAGCUUUUGCAUACGACUUGAUUCAGCUGUGGAAACAAAUUGUUGUGGAAGAAUCAAAGGGAUGCAAGAAGAAUGGUAGUGUGGACCAUAAUGAGUGUGCAAAAGCCAGGGAGGGUAAGGUUAAAAAACCCUCCGCUUUCCAGUCUGAAUCGAAGAAAAGGAAAACCGAGCCAAAUGGUACUCCUGGUUCUGAGAAGUUGUCAAGGUCGGAUGUUGGUGUUUCUGAAGAGAAGCCAAAUGGUCACGCGAACAAGUUGUCUCCCAGUUCUGCUCAGCUGCUGUCUGCUUCGGUGACCAAAUGCAACAACCCGAUGAGGGACAGGGUACGGGAACUUCUCUUCGAGGCUUUGUCCAGAGUUUCUGCUGAAGCCAGCGAAGACAUUAUUGAUGAAGUGAAUGCAUGUGACCCAUCUAGCAUCGCUGUUUCAGUUGAGUCAACCAUGUUCCAAAAUUGGGGUCGAAUGAACGGCACCCACAAGAUGAAGUACAGGUCCCUAAUGUUCAACAUUAAGGAUCCCAAGAACCCGGAUUUCAGGAAAAAAGUUCUUCUCGGGCAUGUCAAGCCGGAGAGGCUCCUAAAGAUGACCACGGAAGAAAUGGCUAGCGAUGAGAGGCAACUUCAAAAUCAACAGAUAAAGGAGAAAGCUUUGUCCAAGUGUGAGCUUGGAGCUGCACCAAAAGCCACAACCGAUCAAUUCAAGUGCGGCCGAUGCGGCGAGAGAAAAUGCACUUACUACCAGAUGCAGACAAGGAGCGCCGAUGAACCAAUGACGACAUAUGUCACUUGUGUUAACUGCAAUAACUAUUGGAAGUUCUGUUAAGAUCACUUGCUUAGGAGC